CAAAACCAUGGAAACCUCACAUCCCAAUACCAGAGCAGUCCAGAUCACACACAUAGCACGAGACGUGCUUUACGAAACUGAAAAGCCAUAUGCAGCAGACUUUUCAGCCCCGGAAAAAACCGGCAAUCAUAUCUUCGAAGUUAAAGACAUUCUCAUCAAGGACGCUCGCCCAAACAAAGACAACUUCAGACUCGAGAAGAACGGGUUCUGUCUACUCAACUCUCCAAUCUUAGCUACGUUCGAGUCCCUAAGCUAUAACGAAUCGGACGUUUUGGCCUACUAUCAGCAGAUGGAGGCUCUUGUCUUGGAACGCUUCCCAGAAUAUUCCAAGGUCGUGGUCCUCGAGCAUCAGCUUCGAAAGCGCGAUGUCGGGUACCCAGAAGCAGUAGAGAACACAUAUAACCAGCCAGCGAGACUGGUACACCACGACUUUACGACACGAGGACUGGUUCUUCGCAUGAAGCUGAGCUUUCCUAAUAAAGUAAAUGAGUACAUCAAUAAAGACAUGGAUUUUUUGAAUAUCUGGCGAGUUCUGUCAGGACCCAACAAUGACUGGCCACUCGGCAUAUGCGACUACACCUAUCGACCCUGAGAACGACACCAUACCAAACGAUAUGCUAAGUCCCGAAACGGUGGGUGAAAAUGAACUUCUAUUUGCGUGCCCACGCCACAAGUGGUUUUUUGUCAGUGAUCAGAACGUUGAAGAAGCUAUACUGUUUCGUAAUGCGAGUACGGAUUCAAGGAAAUCGUAUGCGUUUCAUUCUGCGUUUGAUUCAGGGAUACAGAGUGAGGUGCCGAGGCAGAGCAUUGAGUUGCGGAUGGUUGCUUUUCGUCGACCUGAAGGUGAAGUAGCGGCUUUGUAGGGUAUUCUGCGGAAGUAAAUAAGAUGGGAUAUCAAUUUAAGUUGUAGGCUUAUGCGCUAGGGAUUUUGAUGAUAUUGCAAUGCGUUUAAAGGAGAAUUAUUUUUCCAUUUAAUGUCUUUACUCAAUGUCAUUAUUGACAGG